AUGCCCACACCCCGGGUCCUCGAAUCGGCCACUCGGGUCCACGUGGGCAGGUUUCGCCCAGCUCAGAACCUUGCAGAACAUCUGCCCCAGGGCGUCGACGCAGACAUCCUAGUUCUCGGCUGCGGGGAUGUUCGCGACAUCCUGUACACCUCGUCCGUCGAGCAGGGGCUCCCAGAGCCGCGAAAUGUCCUGUUCCUCACGCUCGUCCUCGACGACGACGACGACGUCUCGUUGGAACAGCUGUGGAACAUCUACUACCACUUCUACCUCGACGAGCCUGAUCUGUUGAUCCUCUGCAACCAGGCCCAGAAACUGCUCAGCCUUUCCCAGUCCCUGCAAGCCUGGCACGCGAGCCCCUACGGAGCGACCUUGCGCUUCUGCGACGAGACCACCCUGUCUCUCGUCCACAGCAUCUGGGCCAAAUACGCGGACGCCGCCCGUUUCUCCAAGCCCUGGGACAAACAGCACUGGGAACCCUUCGAGGAUAAUCUGCGAGCGGCGCGACUGAGGAAGCAUUGCACCGUCCGCGCCUCCAAGCAGGAUGUCGCCCGCUCCUGCGGGCCCUUGGCAACGCAGCUUGCCGACAAGCUGCUCUUCGCCGCCAACCAGCACUGGGAGCGGGGCUUGGCCGGCUCCGUCGCUCUCCCAGAUCUUCGCAAGAAGGAGACACCCGAGAUCCCAAACCCCGUGUUUGCGAUCCCACUCAUGAUCCCCUCCGCCUCCCUCAAGUACCCGACCGAUCCACUGCUCAGUUUCCAUCUCGCCGCCGCCCAUGCCAAGCUCACCGAGCUAUCUCCGCUUCGGCUGGAAGAAGAGGAACACAGCCACCUUGACUCGCAGGACAGGCUGUUGCAGAUGGCCCUCAUGCAGUUCGAUGACUGGACCGACGCAUUCAUCAACGCCGCGCCGAGGACCGUCGUCCGGUUCACAGCCUCCGAAGCCUUUGCCUUCUGCUACACUCUCCGAUAUAACCUGCAGACCGGUGCCACGUGCGCUCAGUGGUACCGCGGGAAGCUCGGCUUCGACGUGCUUCAGCUGGCUGAAUCGGAGUAUGGUCCCGGCGGCAAGGCUCCGAAGCAGUUUGACGUUGUCGACACGUCCACCCUCCCCGACGACGCUGGCGUUCUGAAUUGGCUGGUCUCCGCUGGCCCUAUGCUGAAGGAUGCGCCGUCUUCGACUCUGUAUACAGAGAACCCCCACAACAUGAGCUUGUCGAGUGUCUUCGAGGAUGAGCUCGUCUAUACAACCACGACGUUCUCUUCCCUCCUCGGGCUGGUGCCGGCGGAGCAUUGGACGAACGCAAGCGCAACAUCAAGAUUCGAUGAGGUCUGGACCGCUUGGUCUGACCGAAAGGCGCCAGUAGAAGCUAAGACGGUGUGCAUCGCAUUCCGUAACGCGUGGAAGCUGAACAAGUACAUGGUUGGAGAGCAGCCAAACACCGCAAACCUGCACACUAAAUUCGACGACGUGCUCGAUUUCGCUUCUAAGGUGUUCACCUCCCUGUUCGGAAUACAUGAGCGGGAGGGGCCUGCACGUCGGCAAGAUCUGAAGCACCUGAUUGCCCAGACGCCGCCGUGGCUCCAGCAUACCGAAGACACUAUGGCCGCUCUUGUCAAUGCGAUGGGCGAUGAAGCACGAUUGAAUCUGACUGAGCUUCGCGAGCGCUACGUGGGACGCCUCGUCUCCGCCCAGCUAGGCAUGCGGGCGACGUGUCACAUCUCCGCCUUCAUCCACGAGUCGUCGCCCGAUCUUCCACUUGGCUUGCUGGACUCUUGGGUGUCGCGGGUGGACAAGCGGCAGCCUGCGUUUCGGAACUGGUCCCAGCGCCCCCGAACGGUUGCUGUCACCGUGGUAAUUCCCCGGGAACAUUGGGCAGCGGUGAAGCCGCUGUCGAGGGGUGGGGGUGACUAUAGGGAGUGGUGCAGCGCCCUGAUGUCCGGCCAUAUUCGAUACUUUGGCAAGAAAGACGACAAUGGUGGUGAUAUGGCCGCAACGUUCUCGGACGUGCAAAUCUGCUUCGGCGCCGUCAAGACCGAGGGCGCCCGCGACAGGGACGACUUCACCGUCUCUGUAGAAGAAGACAAGGACGGCUGGAACGGGACGUCGCCCAUGGUCAUUUCGUUCUACGUCCCCACGGAACUCGUCGAUGCCAUGUACAACGAGGCGUGCGUCGGCAUGGGACUACUCCGUACCACGCGCAAUUCUCAAGGAUGGGAGGAGGAGCUUGAGGAGUCGGUGGUCGUCUCUGAGGUGGAGUGUUUCGACGAGAACCGCGUCUUCCUCUCGAAGUACCGGCCCGGACAGACCGGUUAUGCCGUUACUGAGGGCAUUCUGCGAGACUUGCAGCGGAAGUCGGAGACCUCGGCCGAGAGAAAUGCAGCCGCAUCACCAAUGUUUACCGCCAACUACCACAUGGAGUGGUUGAAGAUUGACACCAUCACCGGCCGCCUCGACAUCACUUCGGCUCAAGGCAAGCAGCUGCUGGCCGACAAGGUGCCGAUCGUACGCCGCCAGUCGUCCCCGUACACGAUCGACAUCGUCUUUGGCAAGAAGACGCUGGUUCUGCCCCUCAGCUUCCCACUGCCCGUCCUCGCAGACGGCGCCAAGCUCCGCGUCGCCCGCAAGUCCGCCUACAUCGAGGUCGUCGCGCCGAUCGCGCAGCCAAGCACAUCGCCCGAGGUCCUCGAGGACUACAUGCUGCCCACGGCGCUGCUCCAGCCCAGCGGCAUCCCCGCGACGCUCAACAUCCCGCACCUCAACCUCGACCGGCUCCCGAUCCUCGCGCUCGACGACAAGUCCCGCACGCGCUUCCUCACCACCCUCACCUCGCUGACCUUCUCGUCCCGCGAGCGCCGCCUGCGCGCGCGCACCACCGGCAACAACAACAAAAACAGCAGCAACAACAACAACGGCCUGUCGUCCUCGGCGCGCCUCAACUUCAAAGAAUCCCUCUUCACCAUCUUCAUGCUCGCCUCAGGCCUGCAGGGCGGGCAGACGGGGCUGUUUGCGCUGACGCACCCGCAGCGCGGCGGGGUGCACAUGCUGCUGUUCGCGAGCGCGGUGCGGCUGGACGGGGCGCACGGCAGCGUGGUGCUGGACGCGGCGGUGCUGCCGCUGACCAAGGACCUGGUGGCCGGCGGCGAGCUGGCCGAGUUCCUGCUGCUGCUGCGCGCGCUCGAGUGCUGCUCGCUGACGGUCGACGACGCGGAGCUGCGCCUGUGGAAGCGCGCGCUGCCCGCGCUGGCCGAGCGCUGCCGCACGUGGCGGCACGACGAGGCUACGUGUGAGUAUGUGCGGGCCGGGAAAGCGCCGGUCUCGCUCGACGACGGCGCCCGCGUGCUCUGCAGCUGCGGCGAGGGCAAGCUGCCGGCCGAUUUCAUGCCGCUGCCGGAAUGGGAGACGGUCGCGAAAAAGUACGCCACGCGCGUGGCCAUCAGCCCCGUGUAUGCGUCGGUGCUGGUCGAGGAGCUGAUUGACCCCGCGCUGGCGAGGGCGGUGGCGACGGGCGAGGCGCUGGGCGACGGCAGCGGGGAUGUGAUGAAGGCUUGCAGGAACUGCGGCAAGACGGAGGAGCAGGACGGGGUCAGGCUGAAGAGGUGCUUGCGGUGUCUCGAGGUGGCGUAUUGCUCGAAUGUGUGCCAGAAGCUGGACUGGAAGAAGCACCGGAUGGAGUGCGAGGAAGCAGAAGUUUACGUCCAUGGAAACAAGUGA